AUGGCAAACGACAUCAAUAACGAGACCACCAGUAACAAUGAAUUACCUCCACCAUCCUAUAAUUGGGUUGUUUAUAAAAUAGAUGAAAAUGCAGUUGAUAGAACUUUAUCAGGAAAUGCGAUUAACAAUUAUCCAGGACCACCGUUAACCGAUACUUAUGUGUAUGAUGAUCAAAAUAAUCCGUCCGUUAAUCACGAUAAUAUAAUAUCGAGAAACAUGCGCCUUUAUUUAUUUCUGAAUGGAAUAAUUACAAUAGUAUUCGGUUGUACUUCUAUUGGCAUAGAAAUAUAUCUUAUCACAGUACAUUUGAUCAUCUAUUAUUAUUAUGGAUUUUGGGGUGGAGCACUUCUUAUUGCACUUGGUCUAAAUGUUAUGAUUUUAUAUAGCUAUCAUCGUGGGAUAUAUUCCUUUAAAUUUGUUUAUUACUUUUUGUGGCAAAGUGUACUGUUAGGAAUUGUAUUUGGAAUUGGCAUUGUAAUCAUGUCAACCGAUAAAUGUAGUGAUAGUGUAAUGCAAAAUGAGACUGAUGAUCAUUUAUGUAAAUCUUCCAAUAGAAUACUUGAUGGAAUUUUACUUGGAACUUUUGCUGCAGCAUUUUUACAGUCAAUUCUAAAUGGAAUUAUUUUUUGUAUCUUAAAAAAGCAAUUUUAG